UUUAUUUGUUGUCCUUAAUUUUUUCUAGCAGAGUACAUGAUGUUCCUAAAAACUCUCUGUCUCCCACUUCUGUUUACAUUAAUCUCUUUGCGUUCCUGCUUCGGCAUCGACAGUUACACAGAGGACCCAUUUCACGUCGAUUUUCGUCGUGGCCGAGCUUAUCGCCGCCCGAUAUCCUAUCGUCCGUAUGUUCGCACCUUCGGUCAUGUUCCCAACAUACGAAACUACCGUAAUCCCUACUCGGUGAACCGGUUCGACCACAAUAGCGGAAUCCGAGCGAGACUUGACAGAGCACGUGGUCCGAUGACUUCGAAGAUGGUCAAUGUCGAUGAUUUCGGGGCUAAAGCUAAUGGAAGAGAUGAUUCUUUGGCAUUUAAGAAAGCUUGGAACUAUGCUUGUUCUUCAUCUCAAGGAGCUACUAUGGUGGUCCCUAAGAAGAAGACUUAUCAUGUUAAGCCAAUUAACUUCUCAGGACCUUGCAAAUCUCCUCUUGUAUUGAAGAUCUAUGGAACAAUCAAAGCCACUACAGAUCACUCCGAAUACGAAGGUAAUGGAAGACGGUGGCUUUACUUCGAUAACGUUGAAAAUUUACGAGUCGAAGGUGGCGGCACCAUCAAUGGCAAUGGCAGAACAUGGUGGGAAAAGUCCUGCAAAAUCAACAAAGCCCUCCCUUGCAAGGAAGCGCCAACUGCUGUAACGUUCAAUGAAUGCACUAACCUGAGAGUGUCAAGUCUGCGGAUAAAAAACGCACAGCAAAUGCAUCUUAUUUUUCGAGAAUGUGUGAACGUUAAUGCGUUUAAUCUUCGGGUGAAAGCACCCGGUAACAGUCCCAACACCGACGGAAUUCACGUGACCGGAACCCAGAAUAUUAACAUUAACAAUUGUGUCAUCGGGACGGGAGAUGAUUGCAUCUCAAUCGUGAGCGGCUCGAAAAAUGUCCGUGCCACGGGUAUAACUUGUGGACCGGGCCAUGGAAUCAGCAUUGGGAGCCUAGGAGCAGGAAACUCUGCUGCUUAUGUGUCCAAUGUCAUAGUUAAUAAAGCAACAUUUCGGGACACCACUAACGGAGUGAGAAUAAAGACAUGGCAGGGCGGAUCAGGAUAUGCUAAGAACAUCAGGUUUCAAAACAUUGUGAUGAACAACGUCAGUAACCCUAUCAUCAUCGAUCAAAAUUAUUGUGAUAAACGAAAACCAUGCCGCAAACAGGUGUCAGCUGUGCAAGUGAGCGAUGUGCUUUACCAGAACAUCAGGGGAACGAGUGCGACGGGAGUGGCCGUGAAAUUCGACUGCAGCCAGAGCGUUCCUUGUCGGCGGAUUUACCUGCAGGACGUGGCUUUAAGGGCUGAAGAGGAAGACAGUGCACAAGCUUCAUGCGCUAAUGUUCGAUUAUCUUAUCGAGGAGAUGUUUCCCCGCCUUGCUCGUCACAAAAUUAAAGCAAAUUUAUCGAUUAAGUCAUUAAACACAAAAUACAUUCAUG